AUGAUUGUCAUUUCUCCAGCAGAGAAUAACUUCCCUCCAAUACCGGGGUUCAUCCCCCUGCAGCCAUGUUUCUACCAGGACUUUGACGAGGAGAUCCCUGAACAGCAUCGCACCAUGUGCAAGAGACUCUACCACCUGUGGAUCUUGUAUGCAAUCACCCUGGCUGUGAAUUUGGCGGGCUGCUUUGUGUGGAUGCUGGGUGGAGGGGGCGUGACAAAUUUUGGCAUGGCCAUCAUAUGGUUGAUUCUCUUCACCCCCUGCUCCUAUGCAUGCUGGUUCAGGCCCAUCUACAAGGCCUUCAAGACUGACAGCUCGUUCAACUUCAUGGCGUUCUUCUUUGUGUUCAUGGCCCAGGUGGGCAUCAGUAUUAUCCAGUGCAUAGGGAUCCCAGGCUGGGGAAACUGCGGCUGGCUGGCCACCAUCUCUUUCUUCGGCUACAACCUUUGGAUCGCCUUGCUGAUGCUCAUCCCCACCCUCUUUUUCACUGCCACGGCAACGCUGUCCUUCAUCGCCCUCACCAAGGUCCAUAACUUCUACCGUGGCAGCGGGGGCAGCAUAGGCAAGGCUCAGGAGGAGUGGACCACAGGGGCCUGGAAGAACCCCCACAUCCAGCAGGCAGCGCAGCAGGCAGCUAUGGGAGCCGCCACGGGGGCCAUGAUGCCGGAUCAGCAGUACUCCAGCAACACCCCACAGUACAAUGACAACCAGAUGUAGGGGAUAAAGUGGAGGGAAGCAUGUCAAAGCAGGAGCAGGAGUUUGGUAUCUGUUUAUCCCAUCCCCCAAAAAGUGUGUCUUUAUCACAACAGCUCUUUCUAUAGGGCAGGGGUCUUCAACCUUUCUUGCCCAGGGACCAUCUCCCAGGCACACCAGCAACCUAGGGACCCCCAUCAUACGUUAGUGAUUUGUUUUCUUCUCACUUGUCUUGUCUUAGCAUCAAGUGAAUGAUAAUGUCAAGGAGAAGUAAUCAACAUUUAAAAAAUGAAUAGGAUUUGGUAGAUUGUUUUUCAUUAUUGUAAUUGGGGAAGGAAGUCUAACAUAGCCUAUUAGCUUGAAAGGUAACUCCAAACACACUAAGAGCUGCUGUUUAGCUGGUUACACAAAGGUUAGCCUUUUGUAAAAAUGCAUGUCUAAGCCAAGAAAGCUUACCAGCAGCCAGCGACACUUGACGCACUGGUAGCCAAUGUCAGAUACUCCGGUGAGUGUAAUUGGUUCCAAUAAGUGUAAUUUGCUUAAUAUUAGGAGUUAAGAAAUAAUGUUGACAUCAUUAGAAGGAAGAUAUUCUCCUCUUUUCUGCUGUAAUCAUUUAUUCUAUUGUUGCUAGCGAUAUACCCCUGCUAUAGGGCACUACACCACACCUCCACACUAUACCAGCUGACUCUGAACACCCAUAACGUAAAGACA